AGCGAGGCCUGUGACAACUUCCACAUUACUCGGGACAUUUUCAUUUUCAGGACCUCUCGUUCUGAGUCAGGAUUCCUCCUUCUGAACACGGGACUUUCCAGAAGGACAACAGUUCCUUCCACAUAUCCACCUGACCUGGGAUGUCCUGGAGUUGGCCGGCCUCUCUGGAGGAGGACAGCCAUGUGGUCCCUGUGGAGUCUGCUUCUCUGGGAAGACUCCAGCUUCCUCUGGGAGCUCCGGGGACACAGCGGCCAGUUUCUCUUCCUCCCUGUGCGAUUCCCAGGCCCUGCACUGCUUCCCGCUACAGUCACCGGGGUCCAAGUGCAGGGCCAGGUGGGGAGCUCAGCACUGCUGGUGGCCGCGCGCCCCCCUGGCUUCCAAGUCCGAGAGGCCAUCUGGAGAUCCCUCUGGCCCUCAGAGGAGCUCCUGGCCACGUUUUUCCGGGGCUCCCUGGAGACUCUGUACCGCUCCCGCUUCCUGGGCCGAGCCCAGCUGCACAGCAACCUCAGCCUGGAGCUCCAGCCGCUGGAGUCCGGAGACAGCGGCAACUUCUCCGUGCUUCUGGUGGACACAGGAGGGCGGGCCCGGACCCAGAUCCUGCAGCUCACGGUGUAUGAUGCAGCGCCCAGGCCCGUGGUUCAAGUGUUCGUCGCUGUCCCAGGGGAGGCUCAGCCCCCCAACACCUGCCAGGUGCUCCUGUUCUGCUGCGCUCCCAACAGCAGUGACAUAACCUACAGCUGGCGAAGGGACCCCUCCACUGGCUCUGGUACCGAGCCACGUGGCCUCUUCACGGGUGGACAGGUGCUCAGGGUGUCACUGGGACCAGGAGACAGGGGUGUGGCCUAUUCCUGCAUUGUGUCCAACCCUGUCAGCUGGGACUUGGCCACAGUCACCCCCUGGGACAGCUGCCACCAUGGUGCAGGGCAGGCCACCUACAGAGAUGCCCUGCUGGUGGUCGCGCCCAUCUCGCUGCUCCUGCUCCUGGCCGGUCUCCUCUCGGCCUGGCACUGCGGACCCUGCGCAGGGAAAAAGAGGAAGGACGCCUGUACUGACAGAGUGGCUCCAGAGACAGAGAACCCCACUGUGUAGGGCCUGCCAUGUGGGAGGCUCAGUACUGGUGCCCGGAUGGACCAUCAGGAACCCCACAACCCAGGCCCCCGAUGCUCCGGGACACAGCCAGGGCCUCGAAACCACCACGGUCCCCCUGCCUCGGUGACAACCUUGUCCCGCCUCCUAGGAGCAGCCUGGGGCUGUCACACAGGAAGCGCCGGCACAGCCUUCCCAUCGCCCUCCUCCGCUCCCUCUGCACGUCCUGGCUCUGCUCUGGGCAAGAUGGGCCACACAGGGCAUUCCCUCAAAGGCCCUGGAAGUGGGGGCGCCGAUUGUCCAAGGCAUUUGCUCCCCGCACGGUCCAUGACAUAUUGUCACAGAGCACAUUCGUCCUCUCAGAAUUCAUUUGUUGAAGUCCUGACACCCAAUAUCACAGAACGUGUCUGUAUUUGGAGACAGGACCUUUAAAGAGAUAAUUAAGAUUAAAUGAGGUCGUUGGGAUGGGACCUAA